ACUAUAAGGCAUAGCAAUAGCGAAGUUUGAUUGAAUCUGAUGUGAUAUUGGCUGUCAAAUUGGGGGGAAAAAAGAAUCUUCUUUUUCUUUCUCAAAGCUUGAAAUUUACAGUAGAAAACCAGGAAAAAAAAGGAAGAAGAAAAUGAGUAAGCCAAGCUCAGGGACGAAGCCCACAACGGUUCUUCCCUACCAGACCCCAAGCUUGGGGGAGCAUUACAGCUUGGGGAAGAAACUGGGGCAAGGGCAGUUCGGAACCACAUACCUCUGCACCCACAAGCCCACAGGGCAGCCCUUCGCCUGCAAGUCGAUCCCAAAGCGGAAGCUGAUUUGCCAGGAGGAUUACGACGACGUUUGGAGAGAAAUCCAGAUAAUGCACCACCUGUCGGAGCACCCACACGUGGUGAGGAUCAGGGGCACGUACGAGGACCAGGUGUCGGUUCACUUGGUGAUGGAGCUCUGUGAGGGCGGUGAACUUUUCGAUAGGAUAGUGAAGAAGGGUCAUUACAGUGAGAGGGAGGCUGCCAAGUUGAUCAAAACCAUUGUUGGGGUUGUUGAGAAUUGUCAUUCUCUUGGGGUUAUGCACAGAGAUCUUAAGCCUGAGAACUUCUUGUUUGAUACUGUUCAGGAAGAUGCUGCCCUCAAGGCCACUGAUUUUGGCUUGUCUGUUUUCUACAAGCCAGGUGAAUUUUUCUCUGAUGUUGUUGGGAGUCCAUACUAUGUUGCACCAGAGGUUUUACGGAAGCAUUAUGGACCUGAAGCAGACGUGUGGAGUGCAGGUGUUAUUCUGUAUAUACUAUUGAGUGGAGUGCCUCCAUUUUGGGAAGAAACUGAAAUGGGGAUUUUCCGGCAGAUUUUACAAGGGAAAAUAGAUUUUGAUUCACAACCUUGGCCUGCUAUUUCUGAUAGUGCAAAGGAUCUCAUACGAAAAAUGCUUGACCGCAAUCCAAAGAGAAGGCUAACUGCUCAUCAAGUCUUAUGUCACCCAUGGAUUGUAGAUGACACAAUUGCGCCCGAUAAACCUCUUGAUUCUGCAGUAUUGUCACGCCUGAAACAGUUCUCUGCAAUGAACAAACUUAAGAAGAUGGCUUUGCGAGUUAUAGCAGAAAGGCUUUCAGAAGAAGAAAUCGGUGGUCUGAAAGAGUUAUUUAAAAUGAUAGAUACCGAUAACAGCGGAACAAUCACAUUCGAAGAAUUAAAAGAUGGGCUGAAGCGGGUUGGUUCUGAGCUUAUGGAAUCUGAGAUCAAAGAUCUUAUGGAUGCGGCGGAUAUCGACAACAACGGGUCGAUCGAUUACGGCGAAUUCCUGGCUGCUACGGUGCACUUGAAUAAACUGGAGAGGGAGGAGAACCUGGUGGGAGCCUUCUCCUUUUUCGACAAAGACGGGAGUGGAUACAUAACCAUCGACGAGCUUCAACAAGCCUGCAAAGAGUUUGGACUGAGCGACGUCCAUCUCGAUGAGAUGAUCAAAGAAAUCGAUCAAGACAAUGAUGGACAAAUAGACUAUGGGGAAUUUGCUGCAAUGAUGAGGAAGGGCAAUGGAGGUAUUGGGAGGAGAACUAUGAGAAGAACAAUCAAUCUGGGAGACGCAUUGGGACUCAAUGGAUCCAAGGAACUCGAUGGUUAGAGAUGAAGCUUUGGUCUUAAAAUGGAAAGGCCUACUUACUGUUUUCGUUAUAUUAAUUCUACAUUACCAGACUUUUUUCCAAGUUGAAAUGAAAAUGAGUUAUGGGACAAUUUUACCGAUCCAA